UUUAGGUUUUGGCUCCGAGCCGCAGGACAGUUUACGCGGAGUCCGUCUGGAGCGUGAAGUCCCCGAAGGUGGUCACCGCCGACACCCAAACCCUCCGAGGACUGGAAGGGAGGGGGCUGUCAACAAAAACUUAGUCCUUCGGCGGAGCGGGGAGAGCGCUGGGGAAGAGCACAAGCGCCAACUUUGGCUCGAAACGAAGCAGCUCCGGGAGGUUCGGGAGGAGCACGCGGCCACUGCCCCACUCGGCCGCCCACGACCACUCGUCCGCAGAGAUGUCAGCCGCUGGCGUCCGGGGCCUUCGGGCCACCUACCACCGCGUCCUCGAUAAAGUGGAGCUCAUGCUGCCGGAGAAAUUGAGGCCGAUUUACAACCACCCAGCAGGUCCCAAAACAGUUUUUUUCUGGGCUCCAAUUAUGAAAUGGGGCCUCGUGUGUGCUGGGCUGGCUGACAUGGCCAGACCUGCAGAGAAACUCAGCACAGCUCAGUCUGCUGUUCUCAUGGCUACAGGGUUUAUUUGGUCAAGAUACUCACUUGUAAUUAUUCCAAAAAACUGGAGUCUGUUUGCUGUUAAUUUCUUCGUGGGGGCAGCAGGGGCCUCUCAGCUCUUUCGUAUUUGGAGAUAUAACCAAGAACUAAAAGCUAAAGCAAACAACUAAGAGUUCCUGACCACCCGAACAAUCUAGAUGUGGACAUGUAACCACUGGGACUAAUUUGAUUUAUUAUUUGGGUAUUGAUGAGGUGAUAUUAACUGUGCUAAUGUUUGGAAGCCAUAAAAAAAAAAAAAAGACUGUAAACUGGGGGCUAAUACUCAAUUUCACAGAAAAAUAAAACAAACUUUUAAUAACAGUGUUCCUUUGUAUAUGACUUAAGGAAUGUAUCUAUGGCUAUUAGUAGCAUUUUUUUUCUACUCUCUGCCGCAAAUAAAUCAUACUUGCUCCUACA